UGUUUUUGAAUUUCAACUUUAUAAACCGCCUGAAUUUGUAAAAAUAUUUUUGUGUGUCGGUGAAAGAAAACAAAUUAUUUUGCAAAAUAUGGGCGACAUAAUAAAUAAUAUGGAAAUCUUUAAAAAACUCAACUUUGACACUUCCAACCAAUGGAUUUUCUAUGAUGAACGUUUUCAUAAAUUCUUUGAUUUUUUCGCCAACAACAUUACCGAUUCCAAUAUUUUGGAGGAAACUGAAGUUCUAGAACGUGAGGAGUACAUAAAACGUCAAGAAUAUUUACAGCCAAUUGAAAGACAAGCACGUAUUGAGGAAUUGACCAAGGAAUAUACCGGUUUAAUGAAAGACACACAGGAGGAUGCAGAUGAGUUGACAGAACAACUAGAGGUAUUGGAGCAAUACUGCAAUGAAUAUAGCGAUUUGGUAGAGCAAAUGCAAGAAACUAAAGAUUUUCUAAAUUGUAAAUUAAAAAAUCAGGAGAAACGUUGCAAUGUUUUGUCGAAUACUGAAAGUGAGCUUACGAAAUUAUGCAGGAAAAGGGCGAAACAAUUGGAAGAAUUAGAAGAAGAAAAUCAUAAGAAAUGCACUGAGGUUGUUAAAACUUUUACGGCAAUGCACUCUCCCCCUUUAUUUAUGCAUCAAUUAUCUUUGGAUCAGUAUUUUUUAAAAUGUGACUCCUUUACCCAAUACCUUUCACUGUAUUUAAAGGAUAAUUUUAAAAUACAAGAUUAUACCACUGAAUUAGAUAGCAGUCUCACCGAAAAUCAUGAAACAGCUGAAAAAUUGGAAAAACUAAAAAAAUCCAUGCAAGAUUAUACUUUGUCCUACAUCAAAGAAAAAGCCAAAUGUCGUGCCACCCAAAGUGUCAUAGACUCCUUAAAUCUAUCACAAAUUCAUGUCAUUAGUUUAACCGAUAUGGAACGUGAAACCCAUGAACUGACUAUAGUAAAUUCUCAUCAAAAUAUUGCACAUCAGACACUCUUAGUCGAUCUCAAUAUACAAAUACAACUGCAGGCCACAAAAACCAUAGAAUUGAUACUUUAUGAAAAUACUAAACAGAAACUGGAAAGAGCAUUAAAACGACAUGAAAAUGUUGUUAGUUUAACGAAAAUUAUCUCGGAUGCGAUUUCCAAUGCCGAACUUAUAUGGAUAAGCAUACAAAUGGAUAUGGAAAAGAAUCGUAAUCGUUUUGAUAACACCGAACAACUGACAAUGGCCACACAACAAUGUUUGCAGCGUAUACAAUUUAUGAACCAGGCUACAAAUCAACACUCGAUAGCCUCACCUAGCCUGGAGUUUAUUACCCAAUUGUCGCAGCAGUUGGGCAAACAUAUGCGACAACAGCUACGCUGUGAUGUCAAGGGCUGUCUAUAUGAAUACGAGAAGUUUAAACGUUUAUUGAACUAUUCUCUACAGGGUUUUCUUAAUCGUAAACCUUAUAAUGCAGCAUUAGAGAAAAUGAAAGAAAUCAAACGUUUGGAGGCGAUUUUACAUCCAUUUGUUUAUGACAGUCCCGUAAAUGUGCCCAUGUUCGAGAGUGUCCAUUAUUUGAGACCUAUUUUCAAUGUUCAAACUCAUCAACAACGUAUUGAAAAGCAUUUAAGACGUUUGCGUACACAAUUUAGAGAAAAUGUAUCGGAAAGAUUGGAAAAAGAUAAACUUUGGCGUUAUAGUCAAUUAUUAUGGAUAUGGUUUUUAACUGAACCACGUCGUGUUCUACAUGCCAUCGAAGAAGCAAAAAAAGCUGCCUCUAAAGUACCACAAUUUACUGGCAUCAAAGCAUUGGGCGGUAUUAAACGUAAAUAGUUACAUUGUCUCUUGCAUUUUUAUCACACAUAUCUUUUGUUGUUUUGACAUAUUUGUUAAAAUAAUAAUAAUAUAUAUUAUUCAUACUUUUGUUAUUGAGUGUAAUAUUGAAAAUAAGUUAAAAAUUACA